AUGGUCAUCUUCACCAACAACUUCAGACCGCAGCUUCAUCCUUGUGCUGCUUCAUCGCCGACGAAGGAUCCGUCGAAACUGCUCAUCGCCGGCGCUGUUCAGUUUUUCUGUUUUUUCGGAAAUUUGCUUGCUCUCCAUCGCUUUUCGUUUGUUUCAUUCAAUCGCUUUCUUCUUCCCUCCCACUACCUUGAUUUUCGAUUGUUUCGUUCAAGAAGAAGGCAACUAACAAUGCUUCCAUUAAAAGAUAUCACACCAGCAGCAAGAAACAACAUCAACACACAGUUCAUAAUUUUGGAAAAAGGGAAGAUAACAUUAGAAGGAGGACAAAACAAGACAUGUAUGGGAUUAGUUGCAGAUGAAACUGCAUCUGUUCACUUUCAAUUAUGGAAUGAAGAGUGUGAUGCGUUUGAGGCAGGAGACAUUAUUCGUUUGUCAAAUGGGAUAUUUUCUUACCAACGUGGCAAUAAUCUUGUUUUGAGGGCAGGGAAAAGAGGGAAGGUGGAAAAAGUGGGAGAGUUUACAAUGGCGUUUGUUGAGUCACCAAAUAUGAGUGAGAUUUUGUGGCCCCGGAUCCGAAUAAUUCGGGGAAAUACGUACGAGAGUCUGUAAUUUCGACCCAUUCGCGUAUUUUCCCACCAACCGUUUAGAUUGUGUUUCUUUAGAAUAGGUUGGAUUGUAUUCUACUGGACAAGUUUUGUAGGACUAUUUUUUGAUGAUAAAAAAGAAGAAGGG